UUAACAACUUCCACAACGUGUAGUGAGACAUGACAUCCGACUCCUACUUUGGAAUAAUACAAGUAAUAAAUAAUUAUAAAUCAAGGAUCGACGAAACCCUGGGUUAACGAGGAAACAGCCACUCCUCAGCCACAGAGCAGCUCACUAUGGAUGCAGGGGCUGUCAAGGCAUAUCCCAGCUCCCAGGAAGGCCACAGAAAGGAAACCCGCCUGCGCGCAGCAUUACAGGCAUGCGGGAGGCACCGGGGCAACACCUGCAGAACGCUCCGUACACGUAGGCACGGCUCAGCACAUCCCACGUUUUGCAGCCAGUACCCACGGCAGCCGCCCCCCAUCCCCUACAGCGGUGCAGCUCGACGACUCCUCUCAGGGCUGCCAGCUUCAUAAAAGGAAUGUGUAAAGCAGCUAGCAACGCUACCAGAAACGAGAGCCAGCCCUACCCUCCGCGGUGACUUCACAACCAGCCCUGCGGCUGUGCGCUUGCGCAAGAAAAAGCACCGCUUGACAGCGUUUCCUCCUCCUAGCAACGCCUGCCAUUGGCUACCGAGCAUUCCCGAGCGGCUUCGUACACCUCCGGAAAAAAAGCCGAAGAAGGGGGCGAAGGGGAGGGAGAGCAAACGGCUGGAGCGCGGCGCGGUGCAUUGUGGGGCGGAAGCAGAGAGUCACCGCUCCGUUAGGGCCGCCAUCUUGUCUGCGUCCGGACCUGCUGCUGUUCUCGGGGCCUGCUCGUUCUCCUCGUCGCGUGAAGCGGUAGAGAGAGUGAGGACGCGGCGCAAGGCCGGGCGGUGCUGAUGCGUGCGGGGUCUCCUCGCUUCUCCCUCGGGCGCCGCUAGUAGAAGGGGCGGGAGUAGCCGGGCGGUCUCCGGCGCGGCCUUUCCUCUCGGCCAGGAUGGGUCGGUCCCGCAGCCGGAGCUCGUCCCGCUCCAAGCACACCAAGAGCUCAAAGCACAACAAGAAGAAUCGGAGCCGCUCGCGGUCCCGUUCUCGGGAGAAAGAGCGGGCGCGGAAGCGCUCCAAGUCACGGGAGAGCAAACGCAACCGGCGCCGCGAGUCCCGGUCCCGUUCCCGCUCCAACACGGCCCCCUCCUCCCGCCGCGAUCGGGAGCGCGAACGCGAGCGCGCCUCGUCCCCGCCGGACCGCAUCGAUAUCUUCGGGCGCACGGUGAGCAAGCGCAGCAGCUUGGACGAGAAGCAGAAGCGGGAGGAGGAGGAGAAAAAAGCAGAGUUCGAGCGGCAACGGAAAAUUCGUCAACAAGAAAUCGAAGAGAAACUCAUAGAGGAAGAAACUGCUCGAAGAGUGGAAGAGCUUGUGGCUAAAAGAGUGGAAGAAGAGUUGGAGAAACGGAAGGAUGAGAUUGAGCGGGAGGUUCUCCGCAGGGUGGAGGAGGCUAAGCGCAUCAUGGAAAAACAGUUGCUCGAAGAACUCGAGCGACAGCGACAAGCUGAACUUGCAGCACAAAAAGCCAGAGAGGAAGAAGAGCGUGCAAAGCGUGAGGAACUAGAGCGAAUACUAGAAGAGAAUAAUCGAAAAAUUGCGGAAGCACAAGCUAAACUGGCUGAAGAACAAUUGAAAAUUGUUGAAGAACAAAGAAAGAUUCAUGAGGAGAGGAUGAAACUAGAACAAGAGAGGCAACGUCAGCAAAAGGAAGAGCAAAAAAUUAUCUUGGGCAAAGGAAAGUCUAGGCCAAAACUGUCCUUCUCACUAAAGAGCCAAGAUUAAAAUGCUACUCUGAACUCUUACAAGAAGAAAAAAAAAAAACAUUUAAAAAAACAAAACAACAACAAAAAAACACCACCAACAAAAAAACUUUGUAUGGUAGCUUCAUGUUGAAGUGUUUGUUUUUUUUUCUCUCAAUUUUUUUUGUCUUUUUUUUUUUUUUUUUUUUGAAAUCUGGAAAGUUAGCUUGUUCUAAUAGGGGCUGUGCUCUGCAAUUCUUAAUUUUUUUUUAAAACUCCAUUAAGGUAAACCCUUAUCAGAUCAUUGUUGCCUUUUAGAGAACAGUUCUCAUAGGUUUGUUUCUGUAUUAGUGGUCUGAAGCACAUCAGGUCACUGUGAAUUGCGAAUGAUCUGAUAAGGUUUUACGGACCUACUGAUCAGAGUUUGACUCUGAUAAUUGACGGAACUUUAUACUGGGUAUUGCUGACUCUUAAUUAUUUUUUUUAAAAGUCAGUGAAUACAUGAGUAAAUUGCCAUGGUAUUACUUGACCUCUGUGGCUUAUUGUUAAAUCAGUGUCCUAUGAUACUGUCCCAUUGUUGCGCUUGAUGUUCCUGAUACAGGUAAGGAAAUAGUUUGUCAUUUCUGCUAUGAAUACAUAGGGAGAGUUCAGUAUUGUCUCUGUUAGAUUUGUUUUUAUUACAUUGACAGCAUUCAACCAGCGUUCCCAUUGUGUAAAUAAACCAAUUUGCUGAAUAAAGUGAAAGUCUUAAAUUCA